AUGGCGACGGCGACCGCAGAGGCCGACUCCAAAGAGUCCUCUGCUCAUCCUCAUCCUCAUCCUCAACCCCAAUCGCAACCCCAACCGCAGGCCCAGACACAAUCCCAGAACCCCGAGCCAAAGCCAUCAUCUCCGUACGGUUAUCUAUUCGGCCCAGACAAGGCUCCAACACCGAUUCUCGAUGCCCUCCUCCGCGCCAUCGCUCUACACAUUGUAACCGGCUGCCAGCACUCCAUGCAACCCUCCGACAACGAUUUCGACGCCCCUUCCGUCCCAGCCUUGACCCUUCGUGGCUUCGUUCGAUGGGAGUCAAUCGAGAUACUGCUGAGCCCCGAGGAACAUGUACCUUUCAUCCAGCAGGCCGUCAAGAGCUGGAACCUGAAGCAUCCCGAAACGGGCGAACCUUUUCCUCCAGAUCUACCCGCAGAUGCUCUGCCCAGCGAACCAGACGCCGGAAUCGAGAAAUGGCACAAGAAAUGCGCUGAAAAACUGAGGAAGGCAGCAGUGCCAGACGAGGAGCCAGCAUCACCAAAGACUGCCCCUGCUCGCCCAACAGAAAGAGACGAGCCGAGAGUGAAGGCAGCAUAUGUGCACACUACUUCGUUCCGCCAGGCCGGCCACCAGUUGCUUACAGUCAUGUUCCUGGGGGUCACUCCGCGAAUCGUUACCCCCCGUCUCGCCUCAAUAUUCCCCAGAGGAACCCAGACCAAGAUCGAUUCCGAGGACAGAACUCUCCUGAUGACCGGCGACGCCGUAGCUUUUCUGACUACCCAUCUCCUCCACAGGAUCCGCACGCCAACGCUGAGCACUUGCAUCCUAACCGACCGCCCAUGCAACCCCGCCGGCACAGCCAACCUCGACACUAUUCUUCGUCCUCAACGUCUGAUUCCGAGGACGCGGCGAGUCCACGAUCUAAACGUCGGCCUCAUACACAUCAUUCAAACGAGCCGCCACCACCCGGCUUCCGACGCAUGGGUGCUCCCUCGGUACCCCAGCCGCCACCUGUCACUCGCGUACAUCGCGCGGACCUAA